AUGGGAUCCGGAGCAUCAAGUAGCAGCCAGAAGACGAUAUUUUUGGAAGUGGACGGGAAAGUUCAGAAGGUAAGUGGACAAAGAAACCUACCAUCAGCUGAAAGAGAAACAUUUACACAAUACAAAGUUACAAAGUGUUUUAAAAAAAUGUCCGCGGUUUAAAGGUUUUUCCCGAAAUUGAAGAUGGUCUGGGAUUGACCAGGAACUACAAAAUGUGGACAAAUUGAUGUUAAACUCAGCUGUUUCCAGGUCAAGUAUUUUAGCCUUGAGUUUGUAAAGCCCUAGUGAGUCCCUGAUAAUUCACAGUUUAGUAAAUCACCCUCUAUUACCCCUCCAUACUGUGAUAGUAACAGACUUCACAUUCAUAUAAGAGGUCACAUUUCUCUGGUUUCAGCUCACUGAGUGAGGUUAAGAGCUCUGCCUAAUGGGAGGGAAUCUGAGAGUCCCUUAAUGCAGUGAACCGAGGGCUAGUCCAGGAGAUAAGCCAAGGGCCUACGGGGGCCAAGGGUAACAAUGGGGGGCUAGUCCAGGAGAUAAAUAGCAGCCAAGGGUAACAGGGGCUAGUCCAGGAGAUAAAUAGCAGCCAAGGGUAACGGGGGCUAGUCCAGGAGAUAAAUAGCAGCCAAGGGUAACGGGGGCUAGUCCAGGAGAUAAAUAGCAGCCAAGGGUAACGGGGGCUAGUCCAGGAGAUAAAUAGCAGCCAAGGGGGCUAGUCCAGGAGAUAAACAGCGGCCAAGGGCAACGGGGUAUAGUCCAGGACAUACACAGUGGUCAGGGUGAAACGAGGACUAGUCCAGGAGAUCAACAACAACUGGGAUAGCACUGGGGCUAGUAAAGGAGACAUACAGCAACCAAGAGCAGAUAAACAGAGGCGAAGGGCAACGGUCAAAACUGUACAAUAAACUGAGGGUGUAAAUUAAGUGCCAAUUGGUCACUCACACUUUGGAGCCAAAUAAAGAGCCUUCAGAAAAUAGUUGGUAUCAUUCUUCUCAGUUCUUGAACUUUAUUGAUGUCAGUCUUGUAUUGGGGCUCACACUGAGCGCUUUUAACUCAAUUUUUUUUCUGUGCUUUAAAAUCAGGCUUUAAUGACCUGGGCUGGGGACAUUCAACCUGUUCCACUGCAUGAGUGUUUGAGUGAGUAAAUCACUUAACAGGAUAAAUGUUUCUACAAUCCUUUAUUUCACAUCAACGAUAAAAUAUCUCGCGGCUUGAGAGAUCCAUCCACUGAAGCUCCGACCGUGCCCCUUAGUUCACUCAUACUGUGGGACAGGUUGAUCAUUAAAGCCUGAUUUUAAAGCACAGAAAAGAAAUUGAGUUAAAAGCGCUCAGUGUGAGAGGCAGCCAUAUAUGCCCCAAUACAAGACUGACAUCAAUAAAGUUCAAGAACUGAGAAGAAUGAUACCAACUAUUUUCUGAAGGCUCUUUAUUUGGCUCCAAAGUGUGAGUGGCCAAUUGGUACUUAAUAUACACCGUCACUUUAUUGUACAGUUUUGCACUAUGUUGUGCUGUUCUUAUUUUCCCUAACUGGAUUAACCCCAUAUAUUGCACUUGUAUUUGAUUGAAGAUUUGAGGAGAUCUUCGGGUGACUCCAUUGCUAAAGGGAAGUUUGAGUCUCCCAAUAAAUAUACUUUUGCACUUUAUUUAAGGAGAGUGUUAUCUGAUUCGUGCACUUUCUUCACCUAAAAACACCUUAUUUUGUGAUAUUUUGUUAUACAAAGGCAACAGGGUUAGUCCAGGAGAUAUACAGCAGCCAAGGGCAACAGGACAAGUCCAGGAGAUAUACAGCAGCCAAGGGCAACAGGACAAGUCCAGGAGAUAUACAGCAGCAAAGGGCAGACAAACAGAGGCCAAGGGACACGGUGCUAGUCCACAAAAUAAGCAGUGACCAAGGGCAACAGGGCUAGUCCAGGAGAUAGACAAUAACAUUGGGCACCGGGGCUAGUCCAAGAGAUAUACAGCAGCCAAGGGCAGAUAAACAGAGGCCACACCUUAUUUUGUGCUCUUUUGUUAUACAAGGGCUACGGGGUUAGUCCAGGAGAAAUACAGCAGCCAAGGGCAACAGGACAAGUCCAGGAGAUAUACAGCAGCCUAGGGCAGACAAACAGAGGCCAAGGGACACGGUGCUAGUCCACAAAAUAAGUAGUGACCAAUGGCAACAGGGCAAGUCCAGGAGAUAGACAAUAACAUUGGGCAGCAGGGCUAGUCCAAGAGAUAUACAGCAGCCAAGGACAGAUAAACAGAGGCCAAGGGCUCUGUCCACAUGUGUUAGUCUACUAGAAAAGCAGUGACCAAGGGCACCAGGGCUAGUCCAGGAGAUUAAUGAGUCUGGUCCAAGAGACCAACGGGGCUAGUCCAAAAAGAUAAACAGUGACCAAGGGCAAUGGGGGCUAGUCCUGGAGAUAAACAGUGGCCAAUGGGCACGAAGACUAGUCCAGGAAAUACAGUGGUCAGGGGACACCGAGGGCUGGUCCAGAAGAUAAAUAGCAGCCAAGAGCAUUUGGGGCUAGUCCUGAAUAUAAACAGUGGCCAAUUUAAACAGGGCUAGUCCAGGAGAUAAACAGUGACCAAGAGCACGGGGGGCUAGUCCAGGAGGUAAAUGGGAGGUAAAUCCCCCCCUUCUCACCCCCCAGUAGGUAAAUCCCCCCUUCUCCCCCCCAGGAGGUAAACAAUGGCCAUGGGCGACUAAGGCUAGUAUUGGAGAUAAAAUAUGACUGGACCACGGCUGGUCCUGACUCCAUCAGUGCUUUUUCUUGCAGGUGAUUAUUAGCCGCCAAAGCAGCUCCAGCGAGAUCAAGGAGAUUCUCUGCGCGUGUGCUGGAUUACCAUGGUAAUUAAACAACAAUACACAUCAAAUGAUUACUGGUGCAAUAAUUCCUAAUUAAUUUUAAGCAAAAUGUUUAUAUUUUAUACUCUGUGUAUUAAUCUGAAUUACACAUUUACUUAUAGAGAUCCAAAAAGAAACAUCUCAUUCUACUGUAAUCAAUAAUUUACCAUUUACUAAAAACAAAAAGAUUUAUAUUAUUAGGGCUCAGUCCACAAAAAUAAUAGCUCAUUGUAUUAUAGCUCAGUGCAUCAUUACAGCUCAUUGUAUUAUUACAGCUCAUUGUAUUAUUAUAGAUUACUGUAUUAUUACAUCUUAUUGUAUCGUUACAGCUCAUUGUAUUAUUACAGCUCAUUGUAUUAUAGAUUACUGUAUUAUUACAGCUCAUUGUAUCGUUACUGCUCAUUGUAUUGUUACAGCUCAGCGUAUCGUUACAGCUUAUUGUAUUAUUACAGCUGAUUAUAUCAGUAGAGCUCAAUGUAUUAUUACAGGAUAUUGUAUUAUAGCUUAUUGUAUUACAGCUCAGUGUAUUAUUACAGAAUAUUGUAUUAUUACAGCUCAGUGUAUUAUUACAGAAUAUUGUAUUAUUACAGGUCAGUGUAUUAUUACAGAAUAUUGUAUUAUUACAGCUCAGUGUAUUAUUAUAGGAUAUUGUAUAAUUAAAUGUCACUGUAUCAUUACAGCUUAUUGUAUUACUAUAGCUCAUUGUAAUGAAUAUGGUGCAAGACGUCUAUGUAGCAGUGUAUACUAGGUUCAUAAUUUCCUUAUGUUUUUUUUUGGGGGGGGGGGAGAGGUAGGGUUGUAAAUAUACAGCUGUUACUCCAUUAAGUUAAACAGCUCAUAAAUAACUAGCUGGUUCUCGGAAUUUUAAUAUACAAGCGACCAAUGCUGGAGAAUUUAAACCUUUACUGAUACAAACUAAACAGAAUUUUCUAUUGUUAGGCAAACGACUAUAAUGCUCGUUGAUCAACACGGUACUUAUAUGGCUAUCGACACGAGCAUUCCCACCAACUGCAAGAGGUAACAGCAGUUACUGGACAAGGGAGCGAUAGAAUGACCAGGACCGACUGACAGACAGACAUACUGACAGACAGACUGACUGACAGGCAGACUGACUGACAGGCAGACAGGCCGACAGACAGACACAUACAUAGCCAGACAGAUGAAAGACAGACAGACCGACAGAAUAUGAAGUAAUUAAUUUUGUGUUAAAUUGGCUAAUUUCAGAUCACCGUAUCAAGUCCACUCUCAGCCUGUUUCCCGUCAUUCAGGUGAUGAAUCCUGUAUUUAACAAAGAAGAUAUUAUUUGACCAUUUGUAGAUAUACUAUGUGUAUGAUAUUUUGCAUCUAUGAUAGACACACACAAACAUGUCUGUUAUCUGUCUCUCUGUCUGUCUAUCUACAUGUCUCUGUCUAUAUGUCUCUGUCUGUCUGACCGCUCGUUUUAGUAUGUUGGUAAACCUUCUCUGUGCUAUACAUUUUUCUGAUUAAUAUAUUUCAGGAAAGCCUACCUGUCAGUGGAGGAUGUUGCUGGGAGUCAGGCAGCCAUCUUCUGCAGCAGCAUGGGCUGCUACAUUACGGCGGGGGCGGGGCUUAUCGGCGGGAGGCGGGGCCUGUGCUGGGGAGCCAAUCAGUGCUCCCUCUGGCCACAGACAGCCUCCAGCAGCUCAGCACUGCAUUCCCUCCCCGGCUGUCACAGGCUGUUACAGUCCGAGGGAAGCCCAUGGCCAGCAAGUUGCCGGCAUUUGGGGGGGCCCAAGGGGGGGCACAGCAUGAUGUAGGGGGGCCAUGGCCCCCUCUGGCCCCCCCUAGCGACGCCACUGAGAAUGUUACAUCCAUCAAAUUCUUCCCAAUCAAUAUUUGUGUUGCAGAACGUGGACCUGUGACUCGAGGACAGCAAAGUGAUUGGUUCUGUGUUUUUGUUGAUCUGUGUCUCUGCGUACUAUGAUAAAGGUGUAAACUCAUUAAUGAAUUUCUUCCCCCCCCAGAGCCUUUCAGUUCAGUGAAUUAAAGAGAGAAGUGAUGGACCGUCUGACAAUCCUGGAGUCCAGGAUAGAAAGUAAGAUUAAUUGUUUAUAUGAACGCAUUCAGAUUUAUAGAAAGCAGCUGUUUUAUUGGAUGUCAUUAGAGGUGAAAAACAAGUUUUACAAUGUACAUCUCUUCUAUUUUCGACUACAUUUUGCAAUUCACCACCAAUCACUGUUUAGUAAAUACACCUCAUAUUUUGCAGGACGGGAAACUCUCUAAACCAGUGGUUCCCAAACUUUUUAGGUUCAAGGCACCCUUAAUAUUUCAGUAUUUCUCCAAAGCAUCCCAAGUCAAAAAAAAUUCUAGGUUGUACAGCGCUGCACAGGGCCAGACUGGGGAAAAAAAUUGGCGUGGGAAUUUUUCAUUCACAGUGGCCCCAUAAGAAGGGGGCCAGAGAGGGUGUGUUUUGUCAUCACUAAUGACAAGCACACCCCCUCUCAAAUUGAGCAUGGUGGUUCAAUGCGCAGAGCCCCGCUGAAGAGCUCUAGCAUUAGAAAAAGGCCCUGCAAAUUUAAUAACAUGCUUGCGCUGUGUUUGCUUUUAAAUUGUCUCUGGUGUCUCCAUUAGUGGGAUACCAGAGGACAAAAGGGCCAGGAAAGUGUAUGGUUCGUGUGUUUGGAGUCUGCCUGUGGGAUUGCGUGUGUGUAGAGUGAGCUGAUUGUGGUGUGGUGUCGUGUAAAUAGGUCGAUUUCAUUCGUGUUUGUGGUGUAAUAUGUGUGGCUAGGGACUGUAGAGAGUGUGUGUAUAGGGGAUGUAGCGAGUGAGUGCAUAGGGGCUGUAGUGUGUGUGUGUAUGUGUAUAGGUGACGUAGUGUGUGUUUAAAGAAUGUUGUAUGUGUUUGCUUACAAGGAAUGUAGUGUGUGCAUAGGGGAUCCAGAGUUUGUAUGUCUGGAAUGUAGUGUGUGUAGGGGAUCUAGUGUGUAAAGGACCCACUGACCCAGAGUGUGUAUAGGAGAUUGUGUCUGUGUAGAGGAUUCAGAGUGUAUAUAGGGUAAGGGAUCUAAUGUGUAUCUGGAGCAUAAUGUGUGUAGUGGUGCUGUAGUGUGUGUGUGUGUGUGUGUGUGUCUGUGUGUAUAUACACAUUACUGGGAGUAUUAUUGCUGUGGAGCUCUGUUAUACACUCAGACACAUUACUGGGAGUAUUAUUGCUGUGCAACUCUGUUAUCCACUCAGACACAUUACUGGGAGUAUUAUUACUGUGGAGCUCUGUUAUACACUCAGACACAUUACUGGGAGUAUUAUUGAUGUGGAGCUCUGUUAUAUACACAGCCACACCAACAUUAUAGAGCUCCUAUGGAGAAAAAAGAGGGACAGAGUGAUUUGGAGUAAUACAGAAACUGCCCCUCCAGUUCCUUCAUUGGAUUCGGACACUCCCACAAGGAGCUGAAAAUGUGAAACACAACAGAUGUGAUGUAGUAUUCAUCACGAGGUGUAGUUAUAUUAAUUAUUCUGCGAUCGUGCAGUACAUAAUGUUUAACGUUUUAUCGGGGUAACUGUUUUAGUGAUGUUUAUUCCUCAUAAAAUUAAAAAGAUUAAAAUAGAUUUGUACUGACUUUUUUGUCAAAUCUCCCUCUUAUCUUGUAGCUGAUGGUUUGAAAUUCCUGGAUAUUGACAAAUGCAGAAAUGAUGUAAAAAAACUUCGAGAAGAAAUGGAAAAGAAGAAUAAAGGGUCAGAAUCAAUCAAAUUAGCAUAAAGCAAUAAUUCUGAGCAAUAAUCACCAAGCGCUGUGUGGCAUUGCUUGGGACACAUUAUACCCCCUUUGCUGGGUGGUGGGACACGUUAUACCCCCUGUGCUGGGUAGUGGGACACAUUGCACCCCCUCUGCUGGGUGGUGAGACACGUUAUACCCCCUCUGCUUGGUGGUGGGACACUUUAUACCCCCUGUGCUGGGUGGUGGGACACGUUAUACCCCUCUUUGGGUGGUGAGACACGUUACACCCCCUCUGCUUGGUGGUGGGACGCGUUACACCACCUCUGCUGGGUGGUGGGAUGCGUUAUACCCCCUCUACUGGGUGGUGGGACGCGUUAUACCCCCUCUGCUGGGUGGUGAGACAUGUUAUACCCCCUCUGCUGGGUGGUGACAUGUUAUACCCCAUCUGCUGGAUGGUGGGACACGUUAUACCCCCUCUGCUGGGUGGUGGGGUGUGUUAUAACCCCUCUGCUGGAUGGUGGGACACGUUAUACCCCCACUGCUGGGUGGUGACACGUUAUACCCCUCUGCUGGGUGGUGGGACACGGUAUACCCCCUCUGCUGGGUGGUGGGACACGGUAUACCCCCUCUGCUGGGUGGUGGGACGUGUUAUACCCCCUCUUCUGGGUGGUGGGACGCGUUAUACCCCCUCUACUGGGUGGUGAGACAUGUUAUACCCCCUCUGCUGGGUGGUGACAUGUUAUACCCCAUCUGCUGGGUGGUGGGAUGCGUUAUACCCCCUCUACUGGGUGGUGGGACGCGUUAUACCCCCUCUGCUGGGUGGUGAGACAUGUUAUACCCCCUCUGCUGGGUGGUGACAUGUUAUACCCCAUCUGCUGGAUGGUGGGACACGUUAUACCCCCACUGCUGGGUGGUGACACUUUAUACCCCUCUGCUGGGUGGUGGGACACGUUAUACCCCCUCUGCUGGGUGGUGGGACACGUUUAUCCCCUCUGCUGGGUGGUGGGACACAUUAUAUCCCCUCUGCUGGGUGGUGGGACACGGUAUACCCCCUCUGCUGGGUGGUGGGACACGGUAUACCCCCUCUGCUGGGUGGUGGGACACAUUAUAUCCCCUCUGCUGGGCGAUGGGACACGUUAUACCCCUCUGCUGGGUGGUGGGACAUGGUAUACCCCCUCUGCUGGGUGGUGGGACACGGUAUACCCCCUCUGCUGGGUGGUGGGACACGUUUAUCCCCUCUGCUGGGUGGUGGGACACAUUAUAUCCCCUCUGCUGGGCAAUGGGACACGUUAUACCCCUCUGCUGGGUGGUGGGACACGGUAUACCCCCUCUGCUGGGUGGUGGGACACAUUUAUCCCCUCUGCUGGGUGGUGGGACACAUUAUAUCCCCUCUGCUGGGCGAUGGGACACGUUAUACCCCCUCUGCUGGGUGGUGGGAUGUGUUAUAACCCCAUCUGCUGGAUGGUGGAACACGGUAUACCCCCUCUGCUGGGUGGUGGGACACGUUAUACCCCCUCUGCUGGGUGGUGGGACACGGUAUACCCCCUCUGCUGGGCGAUGGGACACGUUAUACCCCCUCUGCUGGGCGAUGGGACACGUUAUACCCCCUCUGCUGGGUGGUGGGACACGUUAUAUCCCCUCUGCUGAGUGGUGGGACACGGUAUACCCCCUCUGCUGAGUGGUGGGACACGUUACUCCCUCUGCUGGUGUAUACACAUUUACACUGAAUAAACUACACGUUACCUUUAUAAAUGAGUGUAAACUAAAAAUAAUAUAGACUGCAUAGCUGUAUCUUAUUUACUAAAUUAACUCUCAAGUGAUGGUGGAUCUUUUUUAUUUUUACUAAUAAUUAGUAAAUAAAGCAACAUUCGUAUAAAUCGCUGCUUGUCUACAGGUUGAACUGUGCAUGUAAUUAUUACUACUUGGAGGAUAUAAUCAAACUGACCCCGGAGAGACAGAUUCCAACGUUUCCCAAGGUAAAUCUGCACGUAUAUAGCUAUCUGUUCUAAGCACUGACAUGGCCUCAAUUUAACGUAUAUCGAAAAUCCUCCGCCUAAAAUAUGGAUUGCGCUUGGCAGAUCUUGCUAAUGAAUUGUGACUGGACUUAAUACUAGCUGGAAUUGUAGCCAAUAAAUCCGAUAAACGUAAACGUACAUUGGAAGCAUUGUUAUCAGUCUUGUUUAAUUACUAUCCCUGUUAGUCAAUAAAAACUCACAGGCUCUAAUUAACUAUAGAAGAUAUAUCAAUAUAAAAUACCAUAAUAAAUGUCCACCCACUCUUCAAUUAAAAAAAAACAACCUACCUACCAAUUCACCCUCAUAAUAAACGAAAUACCUGUUAUAAAAAAAUGUAUAUCUAGAUAUAUCUCUCCUCCCCAAUCUCUCCCCGCUGUCCUACAACGUUUCUCCGGUUGCCUUUCUCCAACCUCUGACUAGAAUUCCUUUCUGAAACUCAAUCUCUCUAAAACAGAGCUUCUUAUUUUUCCUCCUCAUAAUUCUGACCCUCCUCUUUCACCUUCCCUGCAAGUUGACAAUACCUGCAUCAGUCUGUCCAAGCUCGCUGUCUUAAUGUUAUCUUUGAUCCUGGCCUCACAUUUGCACCUCAUAACCAGCCUGUUACUACAACUUAUAGAUUCUAACUUGAAAACAUUGCCCUCAUCCACUGAUUUCUUAUGCAAGAUGCUGCCAAUGAGUUUGUUCAUGCUCUGGUAAUUCUCUCCUAAUUGGUCUCCCCAAAAGCCGAACUGCCCCGCUACAAUUUGUAAUGAAUGCCGCCGCGAGGCUGAUCUUUCUCUCCUGUUGCUCCUCUCUUACCUCGCCCCUCUGUCAGUCCUUACAUUGACUUCCUGUAUCCUAUAUGAGUCAAUUACCUAUAAAGCUCUAAACAACUCUAACCCCUUUACAUUCCUUCACUGGUUUGUAAUAUUUAUUUAUUGUUAUAUCUCCCCCUCUUAUUAUAUUAUAAAGCGUUGCGGAAAAGGUUGGUGCUAUGUAAAUACCAAUAAUAAUAAUUACUUUUCUUCAGCGCCAAAUAGAUAUCCAUAUUGUCCCGUCGCAACUUUUAAAAUAAAAGAGAAAUCAAGUGAGAUUUGGCUGAGAGAGAAAAAGAGAGAGAGAGAGAGUGAGACAGGUGAGACUUGGCUGAGAGAGAGAGCGAGUAAGACAGGUGAGACUUGGCUGAGAGAGUGAGACAGGUGAGACUUGGCUGAGAGAGAGAAAGAGAGAGUGAGACAGGUGAGACUUGGCUGAGAGAGAGAGCGAGUAAGACAGGUGAGACUUGGCUGAGAGAGAGAGAGAAAGAGAGAGUGAGACAGGUGAGACUUGGCUGAGAGAGAGAAGAGAGAGUGAGACAGGUGAGACUUGGCUGAGAGAGAGAAAGAGAGAGUGAGACAGGUGAGACUUGGCUGAGAGAGAGCGCGAGUAAGACAGGUGAGACUUGGCUGAGAGAGAGAAAGAGAGAGUGAGACAGGUGAGACUUGGCUGAGAGAGAGAAAGAGAGAGUGAGACAGGUGAAACUUGGCUGAGGCAAAGAGAGAGAGUGAGAUGUGGCUGAGAGAGAGGACUAAGAUUAGAUUGAGAGAGAGAGAGAUUGACUUGGCUGAGAGUGAGAAAGAGAGAGAGACAGGUGAGACUUGGCUAAGAGAAAGGGGUGAGAUUUGGCUGAGACGGCGAGAGACUAAGACUAGUCUGAGAGAGAGAGAUCGACUUGGCUGAGAGUGAGAAAGACAGAGAGACAGGUGAGACUUGGCUGAGAGAGAGAAAGAGAGUGAGAUGUGGCUGAGAGAGAGGACUGAGACUAGAUUGAGAGAGAGAGAUUGAGAGAGUGAGAAAGAGAGAGAGAGAGACAGGUGAGACUUGGCUGAGACAGCGAGAGACUAAGACUAGUCUGAGAGAGAGAGAGAUCGACUUGGCUGAGAGUGAGGUGAGACUUUGUUGGAUAUUGACCUAAAAGACCUUUAUUUAUUUUCAGGGAUCAGGGAUAUAUUUAAAAAACAAAAAACAAACAAAAAAAAUACAUUGCUUAGUUUGCUUAUGGAGCACCUUUAUUGGAUGAUUUUUACCAAGCAGUCGAUGUAUUGAAUCCAGACGAAAUUCAAUAUAAAUAUCUGCCGAACUCAGUCAGUAUUUUUGCACUGGGUUUUUUCGAUCUCUUUAAAUCAACGUCAAUGUUCUAAUCUGGGUCCCCAAUUCCCGUGCCCAGGUGCCUUUUCUGUUAAAUGUCAGAUAUAUUGUUUCUUUUCGCAGUACACGUUAUCCUCUCAGACGGUGGACGCAUUGAAGAAACCCACAUUUGAUGUCUGGCACUGGGAGCACAACGAGGUGGGUGCUAAUAUCCUGAAACCGUUCACAUGGAGAACAAAAGGCCCUGAUUUAAUUCAUUCACUGUGUGGCGCACAAUCUGGAUAUUCUAUCCUGGUGGGAAUUAAUCAGAAAAUAUAUUCACUGCCACAAGGAGGUUAUUUUAUUUCAUUUGUUUUUACCCAAAACGUUCUGCAAAUAAGUAGCUGUUUCUGUUUCCAUGUUACAGAUGCUGAGCUGCCUAGAAUUCAUGUACCACGACCUUGGUUUGGUUCGAGAGUUCAACAUGAAUCCCAUUACUCUGAAACGCUGGUUGGUGAGUGUUAAUUUAUAACAGCCUCAAACCAACAGGACAUCUAGUCUAUCUAUCAGUAACGCUAUCUAACCAUUUCUUACAUUCAUUAACAAUAAGACUUACACUUUAGCAUUAACUUCUAGCUGCUAGUCAUGUAAAGCUACCCUUUACCUAGUAAUUAGUCAUCUGAUGCUAACAUUUACCUAGUAACUAGUCAUCCGAUGCUAACCUUUACCUAGUGAACUAGUCACCCAAUGCUAACCUUUACCUAGUAACUAGUCAUCUGAUACUAACCAUUACCUAGUAACUAGUCAUCCGAUGCUAACCUUUACCUAGUAACUAGUCAUCUGAUACUAACCAUUACCUAGUAACUAGUCAUUCGAUGCUAACCUUUACCUAGUAACUAGUCAUCUGAUACUAACCAUUGCCUAGUAACUAGUCAUAUGAUGCUAACAUUUACCUAGUAACUAGUCAUUUGAUACUAACCGUUACAUAGUAACUAGUCAUCCGAUGCUAACAUUUACCUAGUAACUAGUCAUCCGAUGCUAACCUUUACCUAGUAACUAGUCAUCCGAUGCUAACCUUUACCUAGUGAACUAGUCAUCCGAUACUAACCAUUACCUAGUAACUAGUCAUCCGAUGCUAACUGUUACCUAGUAGUCAUCCAAUGCUAACCUUUACUUAGUGAACUAGUCAUCCAAUGCUAAUCUUUACUAGUAAAUCUGUUUGAAAUCAACACUUUACUAGAAACCUUUUAUUAGUAAAUCUAUCUACUAGUCAUUGUAAAGCAAAUCUUUACCAAGUUACCAGUGCUGGUUGAUGAAACUCAAAAAUGUUGGGGUGCUUUGUGGAUUUUUGCUGAUUUCAAACCUGAACCCCACCCCUGACUCAAUGAGACUUCACAUCAUGUUUAACACGAUAAACCUAUAGAUACACGUAUGUGAAAAACAACCAUUGAAGAUGUCUGACUCGAUAUAACAGUUAGAUUGUUAGAUUGUAAACUCGCUCAUAGACUGUAAACUAGUUCAAAGAUUGUAAACUCAUUCAUAGAUUGUAAACUCAUUUAUAGACAGUAAACUUGUUCAUAGACUAUAAACUCGCUCAUAGACUGUAAACUCAUUCAUAGACUGUAAACUCGUUCAUAGACUGUAAACUCGUUCAUAAACUGUAAACCCAUUCAUAGACUGUAAACUUGUUCAUAGAUUGUAAACUUGUUCAUAGACUGUAAACUCGUUCAUAGACUGUAAACUUGUUCAUAGAUUGUAAACCCAUUCAUAGAUUGUAAACUCGCUCAUAGACUGUAAACUAGUUCAAAGAUUGUAAACUCAUUCAUAGAUUGUAAACUCAUUUAUAGACUGUAAACUAGUUCAAAGAUUGUAAACUCAUUCAUAGAUUGUAAACUCAUUCAUAGACUGUAAGCUCAUUUAUAGACUGUAAGCUCAUUUAUAGACAGUAAACUCGCUCAUAGACUGUAAACUCAUUCAUAGACUGUAAACUUGUUCAUAGAUUGUAAACCCAUUCAUAGAUUGUAAACUCAUUCAUAGAUUGUAAACUCAUUCAUAGACUGUAAACUCGUUCAUAGAUUGUAAACGCGUUCAUAGAUUGUAAACGCGUUCAUAGAUUGUAAACUCAUUCAUAGACUGCAAACUCGUUUAUAGACUGCAAACUUGUUCAUAGACUGUAAACUAGGUUAUAGAUUGUAAACUCGUUCAUAGACUGUAAGCUCAUUUAUAGACUGUAAGCUCAUUUAUAGACAGUAAACUCGCUCAUAGACUGUAAACUCAUUCAUAGACUGUAAACUUGUUCAUAGAUUGUAAACCCAUUCAUAGAUUGUAAACUCGUUCAUAGACUGUAAACUCGUUCAUAGAUUGUAAACUUGUUCAUAGAUUGUAAACUCGUUCAUAGACUCUAAACUUGUUCAUAGAUUGUAAACUCGUUCAUAGAUUGUAAACUUGUUCAUAGAUUGUAAACUCGUUCAUAGACUGUAAACUCGUUCAUAGAUUGUAAACUUGUUCAUAGAUUGUAAACCCAUUCAUAGACUGUAAACUCGUUCAUAGAUUGUAAACUCAUUCAUAGAUUGUAAACUCGUUUAUAGACUGUAAACUCGUUCAUAGAUUGUAAACGCGUUCAUAGAUUGUAAACUCAUUCAUAGAUUGUAAACUCGUUUAUAGACUGUAAACUUGUUCAUAGACUGUAAACUAGGUUAUAGAUUGUAAACUCGUUUAUAGACUGUAAACUUCGUUCAUAGACUGUAAACGCGUCGCAAACUCAUUCAUAGGUGUAAACUUCGUUUAUAGACUGUAAACUUGUUCAGACUAGAAACUAGGUUAUAGAUUGUAAACUCGUUUAUAGACUGUAAGACUCGUUCAUAGACUGUAAACUCGUUCAUAGAUUGUAAACUUGUUCAUAGAUUGUAAACCCAUAUAGACUGUAAACUCGUUCAUAGAUUGUAAACUCAUUCAUAGAUUGUAAACUCGUUUAUAGACUGUAAACUCGUUUAUAGACUGUAAACUCGUUCAUAGAUUGUAAACGCGUUCAUAGAUUGUAAACUCGUUUAUAGACUGUAAACUUGUUCAUAGACUGUAAACUAGGUUAUAGAUUGUAAACUCGUUUAUAGACUGUAAACUCGUUCAUAGACUGUAAACUCGUUCAUAGAUUGUAAACUCGUUCAUAGACUGUAAACUCGUUCAUAGAUUGUAAACGCGUUCAUAGAUUGUAAACUCAUUCAUAGAUUGUAAACUCGUUUAUAGACUGUAAACUUGUUCAUAGACUGUAAACUAGGUUAUAGAUUGUAAACUCGUUUAUAGACUGUAAACUCGUUCAUAGACUGUAAACUCGUUCAUAGAUUGUAAACUCGUUCAUAGAUUGUAAACUUGUUCAUAGAUUGUAAACUCGUUCAUAGACUGUAAACUCGUUCAUAGAUUGUAAACUCAUUCAUAGAUUGUAAACUCAUUCAUAGAUUGUAAACUCGUUCAUAGACUGUAAACUCGUUCAUAGACUGUAAACUCGUUUAUAGACUGUAAAUUAGGUUAUAGAUUGUAAACUAAUUCAUAGAUUGUAAACUCGUUCAUAGACUGUAAACUCGUUCAUAGACUGUAAACUUGUUCAUAGAUUGUAAACCCAUUCAUAGAUUGUAAACCCAUUCAUAGAUUGUAAACUCGUUCAUAGACUGUAAACUCGCUCAUAGACUGUAAACUAGUUCAAAGAUUGUAAACUCAUUCAUAGAUUGUAAACUCAUUUAUAGACUGUAAACUAGUUCAAAGAUUGUAAACUCAUUCAUAGAUUGUAAACUCAUUCAUAGACUGUAAGCUCAUUUAUAGACAGUAAACUCGCUCAUAGACUGUAAACUCAUUCAUAGACUGUAAACUUGUUCAUAGAUUGUAAACCCAUUCAUAGAUUGUAAACUCGUUCAUAGACUGUAAACUCGUUCAUAGAUUGUAAACUUGUUCAUAGAUUGUAAACUCGUUCAUAGACUCUAAACUUGUUCAUAGAUUGUAAACUCGUUCAUAGAUUGUAAACUUGUUCAUAGAUUGUAAACUCGUUCAUAGACUGUAAACUCGUUCAUAGAUUGUAAACUUGUUCAUAGAUUGUAAACCCAUUCAUAGACUGUAAACUCGUUCAUAGAUUGUAAACUCAUUCAUAGAUUGUAAACUCGUUUAUAGACUGUAAACUCGUUUAUAGACUGUAAACUCGUUCAUAGAUUGUAAACGCGUUCAUAGAUUGUAAACUCGUUUAUAGACUGUAAACUUGUUCAUAGACUGUAAACUAGGUUAUAGAUUGUAAACUCGUUUAUAGACUGUAAACUCGUUCAUAGACUGUAAACUCGUUCAUAGAUUGUAAACUCGUUCAUAGAUUGUAAACUUGUUCAUAGACUGUAAACUCGUUCAUAGAUUGUAAACUCAUUCAUAGAUUGUAAACUCGUUCAUAGACUGUAAACUCGUUCAUAGACUGUAAAUUAGGUUAUAGAUUGUAAACUAAUUCAUAGAUUGUAAACUCGUUUAUAGACUGUAAACUCGCUCAUAGAUUGAAAACUAGUUCAAAGAUUGUAAACCCAUUCAUAGAUUGUAAACUCGCUCAUAGAUUGUAAACUCGUUUAUAGACUGUAAACUCUUUCAUAGAUUGUAAACUCGUUCAUAGAUUGUAAAAUUCUUAAUAGAUUGUAAACUAGUUCAUAGAUUGUAAACCCAUUCAUAGAUUGUAAACCCGUUCAUAGAUUGUAAACUCUUUCAUAGAUUGUAAACUUGUUCAUAGACUGUAAACUUGGUUAAAGAUUGUAAACUCAUUCAUAGUUUGUAAACUCGUUUAUAGACUGUAAACUCGCUCAUAGAUUGAAAACUAGUUCAUAGAUUGUAAACUCUUUCAUAGAUUGUAAAAUUCUUAAUAGAUUGUAAACUUGUUCAUAGAUUGUAAACUAUUUUAUAGAUUGUAAACUUGUUCAUAGAUUGUAAACUAUUUUAUAAAUUGUAAACUUGUUCAUAGAUUGUAAACUCUUUCAUAGAUUGUAAAAUUCUUAAUAGAUUGUAAACUUGUUCAUAGAUUGUAAACUCGUUUAUAGACUGUAAAAUUCUUAAUAGAUUGUAAACUUGUUCAUAGAUUGUAAACUCGUUUAUAGAAUGUAAAUAAAUUUAUGGAUUGUUAACACAUUCAUAGAUUGCAAACUCGUUCAUAGAUUAUGAGUUCUGCUUUCUUUACUUCUUGUCUCUGUUGUAAUCUGUUUGUCAGUUACUUGUUGCCAGUUGUCCACAUUCUAUAAUUGUAAAACAUAAUAUGCUUGCGCUAUAUAUAUAUAUAUAUAUAUAUAUAUAUAUAUAUAUAAUAAUAACUAAAACCAUAAUAUUAACACAACUGACAUAAUAUAGAUAUUUAUACAUUUAAUCAUUUUUCUAUAUACAGUACGUGUUGUAUUUUGUUGUCGUAAAAGCUAAAAAAAUUAUUUUGGAAAUCCACAGGAGACAGACAGCCUCAUAUUAUCUACUACCCACUAAUGCACAUAUUAUACCGUAUAUACUCGUGUAUAAGUCGAUCUCAUGUAUAAGUCGAGUGCAGUUUUGUCACCAACAAUUGUGAAAUAUGCUAUGCCUCGUGGAUAAGUCGAGGGUAAAACUUGGGCUAUGAAAUUCUGUGAUUUUUAUAAUUAUAUACACACACACUCAUACAAACAAACUGCAUUAUAUACACACACACUCAUACAAACACACACUCUGCAUUAUAUACACACACACACACUCAUACAAACACACACUCUGCAUUAUAUACACACACUCUGUGUAUAUAAUGCAGAGUGUGUGUUUGUGUAGUGUGUGUGAACUAGGUGGGGGGGGGCAUUUUUAUUAUUUUUAUUUUUAUUUUUUUUAAUAUUAUUUUUUUAUUAUUUAAGAAAAAUGUUGUCCCCCCUCCCUGCUUGUUAACUGGUCAGGGAGGGGGGCUAUCUUAAUCCCUGGUGGUCCAGUGGCAUGGGCUGUGAAGUGGGGGGGCCGGCAGGAAGCAUUUACUUACCUUUCCUGCAGCUCCUGUCAGCUCCCUUCUCCUCCGUUCAGGUCAGCUCCACUGUAAGUCUCGCGGUCUGGUUGCUUCGCGGAUCGUUGCCAUGGCUCUGACGGCCGCGGCUCUCUAAGUUGCCAUAAUACAGACAGUGACUCGAGUAUAAGUCGAGUGGGGAUUUUUAAGCUAAAAAAAUGUGCUGAAAAACUAGACUUAUACUCGAGUAUAUACUGUAUGUGGUAUUGAUGUUGUUGGUAAUUAGCUUUGUUUUGACAGUUGUGUAUCCGGGAGAAUUAUCGAACAAAUCCUUUCCAUAAUUUCCGGCACUGCUUUUGCGUGACACAGAUGAUGUAUGGUAUUAUCCACCUCUGCAGCCUACAGGUAAAGAAACACAAAAGUCUUAUGUUAAAGGCAAAUCGUACAUCUGAUCCACCGGAUGGGGCAGACUUAACUGGUGAUACCUGUAACUGGCUAAUUAGUGGCUUGAAUCCUAAACAUAGGCUAUAUAUUUGGGAUAAUAUGAGCUAUUUGGUAAAAUUCUCCAAGUUUAGGAUAAUAUGCUCUGUUUGGUAAAAUGCUCAAUGUUCAGCAUAAUAAGCUUUGUUUGAUACAAUUCUCAAUUUGUGGGAUAAUAAGCUCUAUUUGAUAAAAUUCUCUAUGUUUAGGAUAAUAUGCUAUGUGUGGGAUUAUACGUUCUGUUAGGUAAAAUGCUUCCUGUUUGGGAUAAUAUGCUAUGUUAGGGAUAAAACCCUCUGAUACAAUGCUCCCUGUUUGUGAUAGUAGGCUGUUUUUGGUAAAAUGCUCCCUGUUUGGGAUAAUAUGCUCUUUUUGGGAUAAUACCCCCUGAUAAAUUGCUCCGUGUUUGGGAUACUAUGCUCUGCUUGGGAUGAAACCCCCUGUUAAAAUGCUCCCUAUUUGGGAUAAUAUACUCUGUUUGGUAAAAUGCUCCCUGUUUGGGAUAAUAUGCUCGGUUUGAUAAAAUGCUCCCUGUUUGGGAUAAUAUGUUCUGUUUGGUAAAAUGCUCCCUGUUUGGGAUAAUAUGAUCUGUUUGGUAAAAUGCUCCCUGUUUGGGAUAAUAUGCUAUGUUUGAGAUAAAACCCUCUGAUAAAAUGCUCUCUGUUUGGAAUAAUAUGCUCUGUUUGGUAAAAUGCUCUCUGUUUGGGAUAAUAUGCUCUGUUUGGUAAAAUGCUGCCUGUUUGGGAUAAUAUGCUAUAUUUGAGAUAAAACCCACUGAUGAAAUGCUCCCUGUUUGGGAUAAUAUGCUCUGUUUGGGGUAGUACAGUGAACUGCGUUGAUAAAAGAGGUGUCCUUUCUUUAUGGAUGGUUAAGAGAUGCCUUUGGCUACAACAUGUAUUAUUUUAUAUUUUCUAUCAUUAAUAUUUAUUAUUAAAUUGUGAUGAUGUUUCUAUCUAUAUAAUGUAUAUUUGGUAUGUAGGGCAGGAUGAGGUAAUCAGCUGGUUGCUCUCGCUAAAAUAGUUUCACCCACUAUUUGAGUGCAUUAGAUUUUCAGGUCUCUUCACUGUUAGAUCCCUUCAACGUUAGUAAAUAAAACCCUGUGCUAUUAUCUUUAUUGCUCAAUAAAAUAAUCCGAGUAGAACAUGCCAGUUGCAAUCAGAGCUCUCUACCUGGCUGGACAAGAAAUGUAAUUAGUCACGAUUUCCCAGGGGAUUUAUCAGUGAGAUUAUUGGAGUGUAUCUCCGAGUAGCCCUUUAAGUGUUUUUUACAAUGCGUUGUUUUUAAAGAGUUAAUCAGUUUAGUAUCACGGUGGAGUUUAUUCACUAAACCAUUAAGUGUAGAAAUCUGAGAAUGGAAUUGUAAUUAUUCUGCCUGUUUUAGCCUAAAUUUGAAAUGCCUUUGUCCGUCCACCUGAACAUGUAAUUUACUAUAAAAGGCCCUAAUGCAACAAGACUUCAUUCUACGUAGGAACACAUGACCCUGACCGAAUUAGGGAUUCUGAUGACGUCCGCUAUAUGUCACGAUCUGGAUCACCCAGGAUACAGUAACACGUAAGUGAAUAUUACUUAUAAAACAGGUAACUCCAGUAGCAGGAUGUUUUGAACCUAUAAAAUAUAACCAUUGUCUGACAGGAAUAUGGUAAAAGGAGGCAAAUAUGUUAACCACAGUGGGAGGGCUCCCGUUCAUAGAAAAGGUCCCUACACCAGUGCUCCUCAACCCUCUCAUCAAGGCACACUGAACAGUCCAGGAUUUAGGUAUUACCCAGGUGUGUCUAAGGUGUUCAGAAAAAGAAAACACCUUAGACACACCUGGGUAAUCCCUAUAUCUUGGACUGUCAGUUGUGCCUUGAGGAGAGGAUUGAGGAGCACUGCCCUACACAAUGGUGUAAAUAUUACUUAUCGCAAUAAUUAGCUAGUAUUCUUUUCCCAGAAUGGUUGGCAAGAUCGUCGAGGGUGGCCUUAAGCCUUGCCAAUGGAUCUGUCCAGAGAGAAGCCAUAGGGGUCACAUUGAGUCAUCAUUUCGGCAGCAUUGAUUUACUACAAGCUACUUUACGGACAUUGCCGAGAUAUAUCUAAGUGAUGCUCAAAGAAACGUGAGCAAAGUUGUAAAAUGAGAUACAUCUAGGAGUAUUCCCGGUGAUUUCAUUUAUUUCCACAAAUCAUCUCAUUAUUCUAAGCUUGUGUCAGCCUCCGUGUCAGGAAGAUGUUUUCUGAUAUCUUUCUCCCUGAAUGCUUAAACUGUAGAUAUCAAAUCAAUGCCCACACGGAGCUGGCAAUCAGAUACAACGAUAUUUCCCCGCUGGAAAAUCACCACUGUGCUGUGGCAUUUCAGAUCCUCGCUCAGCCAGAAAACAAUAUCUUCUCCAAUAUCAGUCACAAUCUCUUCAAACAGAUCAGACAGGUAUGGGUUCUGUACAAAAUACAGUUAAAGGAACAGCGCACACGCAAAAACAAAAAUACAGUUUUAAAUUUGAUAAAGCUACUUAAAAUCACCUAUCUCUGCAAACAAAUAUAUGGAUUCAGUUCCACCAUAUCGCCAUGUUAUGUUAAGACCACCAUUAUGUCACAGUACCCCAAUAUCAGGGAUUUCUUUAAGCACCUCUUCCAUAAUUAAAGAUUCUUCCACAAUACUGAUUGUUCCGCCCAGAAUCUAAUGGGGCUCCUUGCCAAAGGGGUCUUCCUCUUCACUGUCUAAACCAUUAAAAAGAACUGAUAUUGGAAGCUCUUUAAAAAGAUCUCCCAAAAAAUGGGUCUGUUUGUGAAUUGUGUUAUAUUUACAUCAGGUCUUUGUGUAGAAGUGCAUGUACUGCUCAUAAGUAAUGGAAGAGCUGUGAGUGGUUUUACUGCUUGCACUCACUUUUUUCUUUAAGAUGAACUCUGUGCAAACAAAAUCAGUCUGAUUAUUUGGUCACUGUUUAACUCGAUUCCUGGUCGUGGUGUGUGCCCAUGGCGAGUCCACGCUAUAUGUCCAUUGUAAAAUGUCAUUCUAAGAAAUGAAUUAAACUUCUUUAUAAACAUGUGCAAUUCGUUUCGUUCCGAAUGUGCAUUUAGACGAAUUUCGUGCAAUUCGGACAUUCAGAUGCUUACGAAUGUCCGAAGUUCCGAAGUGCUUCUGAUUUCUGAAAAGUGGCAAAACGAGAGAGGGAAGGAAAAUUAUGUGAAGGAUGACAGGAAUCUUGACCAAUAAACUAAUUCCUGGCACUGGGAGCUCUAUAGAUGUGUAAGUGGUUGUGGUGGCAGUCUGGGCACUGGGAGCCCUAGAGAUGUGUAAGUGGUUGUGGUGGCAGGGGGCUCCCAGUUCCCGGACUGCCUCCACAACCACUUACACAUCUAUAGGGGAAUGCCACCACAACCAUUUACACAUCUGUAGGGCUCCCAGUGCCAGGACUGCCACCACAACCACUUACUAGACAUGUGCCAUUCGUUCCAUGCAAUUCGGAUGCUUACGAAGUUCCUAAUAGCGGAAGUUCAGAAGUUAGAAGUGCCAAACCGAACGACAUUGGCCUGAAUUGCUGAAGCAGACAAAUAUUUUUACUUACCCGAGUUUCCGAACCGACUUUUGCCAAUGCGCAUCCCUACUUCUAAACCUGAAAAGCAAAAUAAAAUCUGUAUUUGAGUAUUGUAAUCCUUUCUAUUUAAUGUUUAUUUAACCAACUUCUUCCCCCCUCUCCCUCCCAGUCAAUUAUCCGCCUUAUUUUGGCCACAGACAUGGCGCGACACGGGGACAUUUUGGCUUCAUUUAAAAAGGUUGCCCCUAAUUUUGAUUUCAGUGAUGAAGAACAUGUGAAAAUUGUGAGUAUGAGUACCGAAUAGCCGAUCACUGUAACAGAAGGUUAUUUCUAACAUAAAAUGUAUAGUUUGCCCAUAACUCAAGAAUAAAUUGCCCUGGACACUUUACAUUAAAUAACAGAACUUCUAAAUCUGCUUCUAUGCCGUGUUGUGUUUUUUUUUUACAAUAAUAACAUGACAUAUUUACCUCCAUUACAGUUUAUUUAGCGAGUUUAGUGCGCAGUUUGUCUCAGUGUGUCUCUAACACUCUCAUUCUGACUGCUCGCUCUGUAUUUCAUAAAGUAGCAGCUAUUAGAUUAGUCGGCAUCAUAUAAAUCAUUUGAAAUCAGUUCAGCGGUUUUGCUUUUUAUAAAAAGCGAGUAAGAUAUUUGUAACAAUGUACAAACCAUCGCCGUUAAAUAAUCUGCAGGAUGCAGGUACCUGCUCUGCAGAACACAGAUUAUGAUUGGAUGCUAACAUCACAUGCUCUCAGCAUCCAUCUUUAUUUUAUCAGUAACUGCUACUGAGAGUUUUCAAUUUGUGAUAUAUUUCCAAGACUACCGCCACCUCCUCAGUAAGGAAUUGCCAGAUCUUCCAGCAUUAAAUAAUGUCUGCCCACAACAGCAGCGAUGAAUGGAACAUCUUCUAUAGUGAUGGGCUUCCUUUGACGCAGUGUGUCUUGUCUUUACUCUUCCAGUUACAGACGGUGCUUAUAAAGUGUUGCGACAUUUCGAACGAGGUCCGUCCCAUGAACAUAUCGGAGCCCUGGGUAGACUGUCUGCUUCAAGAAUAUUUCAUGCAGGUUGGUAAACACAGCAAUAUACAGAUACGGGAGAUUUUUACCGCAUUCUGUAGAAAUUAUGCUUUUCCCAACACUGCUUAUGAUUCCUUUGGUCCUGUUUCAUCCUUUCAGGGGGUUUAUUCACUAAACCAGGACUUUUCAGGAAAUCAUUAACCAAAGAAUUACAAAUUUUGGGUUAAAACAUCCAAACUGGAAAAGUAUGCAUUGCCAGUUCGCCUAAUUUGGAUGAUAAUCUCGAAAUUCUGUCCAGCAAUUGCAAAGCUUAGUGUUUGGUUCAUAGAAAGAUAACUGAAUGGACUUUAUCUAUGGGAACAAAAAGAGACUAAAUUUCAAUAUUUCAAUUUAUUGUCAUUGUGUGACUUUUUAUAAUUGUUCCCAUUGGCUUUGUGUGACUUUUUUUUAUAAUUGUUGUGCAAUAAAAUGAUUAAACAAUAACUCGAUCACUAGUGCCUAUUACUGGCAAUAAUUGUGUUACAGUAGUGUAUACACCAGCUGUGUUAGUCAUUCACUAUUAUUCACACCGAAGCACUUUCCAAUAUAACCCCUUAGUAUUUCUGCGUCCCGAUGCCACGCUUUUAAUAAUUUCUGGCCAGAUUCGUAACAGACAAGAUUCCAGCCGUGGAGUUUCAUUGAAUUCGAUUGAUGUUAGGCCAGUUCAGAUUGACAAUUUACAGAUACAUUUGUGAGAUAUAUAUUAUGUAUUAAUUUUGUAUUCACUUUUGAUUUUGUACAGAGUGAUCGUGAAAAAUCGGAGGGUCUGCCCGUUACCCCAUUCAUGGACAGAGAUACUGUAACCAAAUCCAAGGCACAGAUCGGAUUCAUUAAGUUUGUCUUAAUUCCGAUGUUUGAAACUGUUACUGAGGUAUCACUGCGCUGUCUGCUAAACUAUCAUUAUAUGUAAACGUAGUGCUACCACUGGAGAUAUUCAGGGCAAUCCAGCUUCAUUCACUGCAAACCCAACUGCUGGGAAUUGGAAACCAAAUUGCAGGAAAGAGGCAAAAAGCACUGAUUUUGGAAAAAUAAUCAAUCCCAGCUCCAAUCAGAGUUUGUCUUUUAGCCCAAGUUUUGAUAUUCAGUUUCCAGUUUAAUACAAUUUGCUUUCUAGUGAUUAAACCUCAUUGUGCAAAAAAUUUGUAAACAACAAUCAGUAACUAAAAUCAGUAAGUAACUCACAUUGAUACGUGAAAAGAACAACCUUAAUAAUUUUUAACAAAUACUUUAAUUUGGCUGGAGGAUCCACUGUCACUUUAGAAUACAAUUUAUACAAUUAGAGAAAUGAUAUCUUCAGACUAAUCACUCACAAUAGAAUGAGCAUCAGCUCUGCUCCCAGGGUACGCAGCGAUACUCAGCCAUUGUGGAUGUAAUUCACACCAGAUGAGUGUAAUGAUUGGCAAAAAGGACAGCUAAUGCAAAAAAGGCAAUUAAAUCACUUUCUAUCUUUCAUCUUUCUAUCUUUCUUGUUCUGCAUCCCCUGCGCCCAGCAUCUCAUACGGACAAUGUAGUGGGGAGCAAUGACCCCUAAAAAGGGGUGUUACCUGUAGCAAGGUUAAUGCUCCGUUUUUGAGAGUGAAUAGUUUGAAGAUAUAUUUCACGCUGUAGAGUUCUAGAGAAAACAUAGAGUUAUUUCAAGUUUAAAACUAAAAUAGAUAAAAGUUCAGUUUGACUACUUUGGCCUUAAAUUUCCACCGUGAAUUCUCGCUUUAGUGAGUAACCCUGAAAUGUAACAAUGUCAUUAGAUACAGGAGCUUUGCAUUGUAUCACACUUGGAUACCUCGGUGUUGCUCGAAGGGACUCUGUCUGAAUGCAUUGAUUGCAGCUGUGCUAAAAAUAUAUUUCUUUUCGAGAUGUGAACUCAUUUCUUUCUUUAUCUCCCAGCUCUUCCCACAGAUAGAAGAGGUGAUGGUUCUGCCGUUACGUCAGGCCAGAGAUCAUUAUGAAGAGUUGAUGCAAAUCGAGGAAGCCAUGGCUGAAGUAAGUUGAUUUACAAAUAUUGCUUCUUAUAGCCUUGUAAAGCGCAACAGAAUAUGCUGGCGCUAUAUAAAUACCAGUAAUAAUAAUAGUAAUGGGUACAGUGCACGUAAAAUCCCUGCAUAUACCAGAGCUGACAGCAGAUGGCACCAUUCUCUCAUUUAUUUAUUUUUUUAAUCCAGUUUUCUGGCUAAUAUAUCAUGUCUAACAUAUUCCGUGGUUUUGUGUAAUGGGAUUUCCGUGCUGUUUUGCGGCUUAGCUAAUUUCAGCGAGGGAUGAUGGUGAGGAUAGUCCGGGUCAGAGUGAUGAGAGUAUAUCUCUAACAUUAGUGUGUUGAGCCUGGAAUAAAUUGAUUAGAACACAUCGUGGUAUGGACAGUCAGACUGCCGUAGUAUUGGGCAAUGCCAGCGACUGGACCUUCUUCUUCUAACUGCUGCAGUGUGGGGCGUCCUGCAGGGACAACAUAGGACUCCGAAAACAAUCAAACUGAACAGCAUGCAAGCAUUUUAACCCCGUUAGGUGAUGGUAGGAGCCAAACUGUCUCACAGGCCAUUCCGUCAAUAAACGCCAUCACUUCUACACAAACAGUGGGAUUUUAUAUCUUACAUUUCAGUUCCCUUUACUAUAAAAAUCGAAAUCUGCGUAAAUCACAAUCUGGAUUUUCCAUAGUACAGUGUUAGAGGACGGAGCAACAAUUUAACCCUAGCAGUGCCACACUACAAUUUAACCCUAAUAGUGCUGCACUACAAUUUAACCCUAGCAGUACUGCGCUGUGGUUUAACCCUUACAGUGCCGCACUGAGACUUAACCCUAGCAGUGCCACACUGCAAUUUAACCCUAGCAGUGCCGCGCUGCAAUUUAACCCUAGCAGUACCGCGCUGCAAUUUAACCCUGGCCGCCGUGUAAUUUAUCCCUGGCAUCUCAGUGCAGAGCUACGCCUGAAAUAAUGAAUGGUAACACUAUUCCACACCUUAAUACAGCAAUAUACAUUGUAACAUCCACUUCUGAGAUGAAACCUGUUUUUGAUAUAGGCUUUGGAUCAUUUCGAUAGUUUUCCUCCCAGAAAGAUAUCGGUGCAGCUUUAUUUGUCGGAAUGGUGUCAGGGCCGGUUCAGUGUCAGUAAAUGUCUGAAAUCACCUUUGGAUCUGACAGAGUGCUCGUAUCAUGUAUUAUUAGUAUUAUAAUUAUUAUUGCCAUUUAUAUAGCGCCAACAGAUUCCGUAGCGCUUUACAAUAUUAUUAGAGGGGGGAAUUAACUAUAAAUAGGACAAUUACAAGAAAAAAACUUACAGGAACGAUAGGUUGAAGAGGACCCUGCUUAAACGAGCUUACAGUCUAUAUGAGGUGGGAUAUAAGACACAUUAGGACAGGAAAUCGCAAUCAAAUAAGGGGGGAGUGAGGCAGAGAAAUUGGACUUAUCACAAACGUCUGAAUCGCUUUAAUCCGUAAAUUCGCUGCGAAGUGCAGCCUGAUAUUUGCCAUCACUGGGAACGAUGACAGAUACACAGGGUGGCGUAAAACUUUUUCCAGGGACAGAAUCCCCUUGUUCUGGGGCCAGUUUUUCCCUUUCUCUGUUAACACGACACGUUUCAACAGCGUGAAGUCACCAGACACCUGCGCAUACCGUCAGCAUGAAAUAACCUCAGUCUUUAAUCUCCUGGUGAAACCACCCUGUGUUGGCAAACUUAAACCAUUCUACGGCAUGAGAUCACACAGGACGAAGGGGAGGAGCCGAACAACCUUUCAACGCAGUCGGCAAAAAAUAUCCUUAGAAGGGCGAUGGUGAUGGAGUAAUUGCUGACUUCUAAAAGACUCAGAGGGUUCUCUUUAUAGCAAUAUUGGGGUGUAACUAUCUGAAUAAUGAGCGUUCCCUUUAUAGCAAUAUUAGGGUGUAACUAUCUGAAUAAUGAGCGUUCCCUUUAUAGCAAUAUUAGGGUGUAACUAUCUGAAUAAUGAGCGUUCCCUUUAUAGCAAUAUUGGGGUGUAACUAUCUGAAUAAUGAGCGUUCCCUUUAUAGCAAUAAUGGGGUGUAACUAUCUGAAUAAUGAGCGUUCCCUUUAUAGCAAUAUUGGGGUGUAACUAUCUGAAUAAUGAGCGUUGCCUUUAUAGCAAUAUUGGGGUGUAACUGUCUGAAUAAUGAGGGUUCUCGCUAUAGCAAUAUUGGGGUGUAAGUAUCUUUUGGAGGGAUCAUUGACCAUUCGAUUGGCAUUUAUCAUAAAUCAGGUUUCCCUCUGCAGGUCCAGCAGAGAGCGGCUGAGAUUGUGUCCAGAUCAGGCAAGCUGAGGUCCAGUACAGAAUCGCUAUAGUUGUGUAAGUAUGUGUCUUGGAGUCUGCUGGUUGGAUUGGCAGAGUCGCAGCUCACAAUGUGAUCGCUAGAACCGAGUCUAUGAUUAAUUUAGGCUGAGUUGACCUUUCUCUGGGUUCUGCAUUUACUGGCUUUAAACCUGUUUUCUUAAACACGUAAUGGAUGUUGCAUUUAAAGCCUCCUUUCUUCUGCCAGCUCUGUGCCUUAAAACAGCAGGGGCACGGCCCUUGGACUCAGUAUUUUGGGGAAUACUAGGGAAGUCGGUGGAGUCAUUAAAUAGGGAUUAGAAUGUUCAAUGCUUAAAGAGGUUAGAAUAACAGCUCUUGGCAGAUUCGGCUAACGCUGCAAAUAUCCCAACCUGAUCCUCCGAAAGACUAAAAUAAAACAACAUUUUCAACUUUACAGUUAGUGUAAUGUAACCCAUUAAUGCCAGAGUGGGGGCAAGGCACAGGAAGAGUUCAUAUACAAAAAUAAAAUGUCUGGUGAUAUAAACAUACCAACGCACCUUUAAUAGAAAUAUUUAACAUUAAUGAAUCUGAAUUCUGGGAUUCAUUAAUUUAGCAGUGAAAUUUCCCCAGGGGAGGGGAGAACGUCUAAUUAAUACGUCUCCGGGGUAUGAUAAAACAUUUUGGUGGUAGUGCCCCUUUAUGUUACCAGAUAAUAACAAUUAUCCCCAGGACAUUUGAAAACUAGCAAAGGCUAAACGGAACCUCCCUGGUUAUAAAGUCGAUAUUUUAUGCUUUAUGGUGUUUUUAUUCUGCUUCUUUCAGAUGUUGCAAGUUUCUCGAAGUGAAAUGACAUUAAUUGCUUUAAUGAUGGAUUUCUCUAAUACGUCUCUGCACGUGAAAUCGCUGUUUUAUUCUGAACCUCAUGUCUUUUUCAAUUCCGGUUUGAAUAAAAUGUUGUCUUCUUUGUUACCUGAUACGGCAGAUAAAUUGUGACUAAAUGACAUCUUCUCUAUGAGUAGACCUCAUAAAUUACUAGGUUAAAAAGCAAUCAAACAACACCUUCC